AUGAUGAACUUAGGAAAUCGAGUGAGCCCUCCCGGCUUUGCCACGGGGCAAAGUUCGCAAAUGUAUUUGCCCACGGGCAUGAACUCAGGGUCACUUCAGGCUAUCAGGAAACAGUUUGACGAUAGCCAGCACGAGAUGGUUAAUAUGUUAUCUCGACAAAUGGGAGAGAUCUUUAAUCUCUUGAUCCAGAACACGAAUGCAAAUAACCAAGAGUUAGCCCAUCAGAUGGGGCGUCUGGCAACAGUGUUAGGAGCACAAAACGAGAUAGCACCUCUGCUGAGGAUUGAACCAAUUCCACCGGUCGCAAUCCCAGCUCGCGGGCCCGUACAACCCUACCAACACGUAGGACAAAACCCAUUAUUCGAAGAAAAUGAAGGGGGACAACCAAGGCCGCAGAACGUAUACAUGGUAAAUAGGAAUGAGCAUGCCGAUGGAGUGUUGGAAAGAAUUCAACACCAAAAUGCUGGGGGGCAACAAAACGUUGCUGCUGUUGUCGAACAAUUGCUAAAUCAGCAUGGUUUUAAUGUGGAUUUUGCGAAUAGACCCCAUUUUGUUUCAGCCUUCACUGAAGAAGUUCUCGAAGCGGAACUCCCUCGAGGCUGGAAAGUCCUAAAGUUCACUAAGCUCUCUGGGGACUCAUGGGAGUCUACUGUGGAACACGUGGCGAGAUACCAGAUUGAGGCUGGAGACCUGGCCAUUAACGAAAAUUUGAAAAUGAAGUAUUUUCCAAGUUCUUUGACUAAGAACGUGUUUACAUGGUUCACAACCCUUGCUCCUAGGUCAGUCCACACUUGGACACAAUUGGAAAGGAUUUUCCAGGAGUAG